GGUCCUCAAAUUUGGUUCAGAAUAAACCUCUUUUAAAUUAUUUUACAGAGUUUGGCUUCUUUCCCAUUAACAGGCUAUACUACAGUCAGAGGGAAAUAGGACCACUUAGUAUAUCAUACUCAUCAAAUCUCAAAUAAUGUUACAAAGAACAGGUUAGGCAAUGACUAUGGGGAGAUUCUCCUUAAUAAAAUCAAAGAGGGAAAGGUUUCGUUUGUUUAUUUGUUUGUUUUGUUUGGGGACAAUGACAAGAAAUGCAAACAGAACUAUGAAAAGAUUUAAUUCUUUCUUAGAUAGGAGGAAGAGCAAAGUGGUUAAGACCAACUCUCAAGUUAGGAUUCUGGCUCUGCCUUUUUUUAAUUAUGUGAUCAAAGGCAAGUUACUUAAUCUUGCUAAUAACUAUUUCAUUGUCUAUAAAUGGGUAUUGUAUCAUUUUAAAAAUAGUAUAAGCUUUAUAGUAUUGUUAUGAGGAUCUGAUGAGAUUUCAUAUUGUAACAGAGGGUAUGGUCUGGACAAAACUGCAAAAAUAUUUUCUCUCUCUUUAAAACAUCCUCUAUUCCUUUUUGAGAACUAAAACCUGCAUCCCUGCCUAAGGCCAGUGGUUGGGAGGGGCAGGGUAAGUCUUUUGUUGUUUGUACAACAGGUGGUGGCUCAGCUGGACUGGGUGGAGGGAGGUCCUGGGUGGAGGUCACAGGAUUGACUUCAACCUUGGGAUGGGAUGGGACCAUUAGAAUCAUCAACUGUAGUUGAACAGCGAUUGCCUGAAGCUCAGUAUUUCUGCUUAUUAUUAAGACAAUGGCAUUUUUCAGACAGGAAUCUCCAUCCUUCUCAUUUGCUAGCAAAGUAAUAAACUUCUCUUUCCUUCUCCUCUCUCAGUAACAAUAGCUCUAUGAGGGACUUACUGAGUAGAAGGGCCUGGAAUGUAUUAGGUACUCAGUGAACACUAGCCAUUAUGAAACAGUCAUAGAAUAAGCUGGAAAGGACCUAACAACUUUCACUUAUCAAGCUCUUGUUAUAUAUUGAGUGCUGAUCAACAGAUGAUCUCAAGUGUUGCUCGCAGCAAUCUUCAGAGCAUGGUAAUACUCUCACCUCCAUUUUGCAGAUGAGGAAAUGGAGGCAUAGGGAGGUACCGCAAUGUACCCAAAGUCACAGCUCUCAUAAUGGGGAUGGUCAUGCUGGCAACUCAGACUUGUGGGGGGAGGAGGGGAAAGGGCAUUUAUUGAAACCUUAAAAUCUGUACCCCCAUAAUAUGCUGAAAUAAAAAAAAAAUUUUUUUAAAUGGUGAGGAAACUUAACCCCAGACCCCAGAGUUUACACUGGAAGCCACCACACCCCAUGCCUUAUCUGUUAUCUCAUUUUAUGGUGGGUGGGGAGAAGAGGGAGGCGUGGUCCCGACACGUGACUUGGGAGCCCUUCACGAGCACUGGAAGGCCAGAGACGUCCUCCAAAGUGGACUUUGCCAUCUGCCAUGCACAGGGAGCAUGAAUGUGGUUGGGGUUGUCUGUGAACAUCAUAUGGUGCUUCGGUGGGGGACCUACGCGUGAGUCACUUCAGUCUUCUCUGCAGAUGCAGUUUUUCAUUUGCAAAACGAGCUAUCUCAGAACAGGACCAUUCUGAGACACAAAAGAAAUAAUGUAUGGAAAUUCAGUUUGUAAACUGUAAUAAAGACUUUAAAAAUAAUUAAGGAUUUUAUCCAGAAAAAAUGAUUUUGGGGCUUUUGGACAAAGAACAGCCCAAAAUAGCUUGCUGUAAACACGCGGCUUUAAAAUAUGUCACCCACGGCUAACUUCUCAGGCACACUGCUCUGAUCUGAUCUUGGAGUGCUGUUACUCACGAGGCUCGGUGCUGCGGGGGAGGAGCGGCAGAGUCCCAUAGCAUGGGUGGAGGAGGGAAAGGUCAUGGGCUGCAAACCACUUGUCUCCCAUUCUUCUUCAGGCAGUAAAAUUCUUGAAAUUGGAAAGAACCUCAUGAAUUUGAUACAAAACCUCAGGGGUAAUGUUUUCUUAUAUUGUGCAUCCUUUUUGGGGAGUGGGCAAGGUUUGAACAUGGUUAUAUUUCUCUUCCUCUGGCAGACCUGCUUUUCCAGGAAACAAAAGCCUUUGGCUUCAAUAGCUUGGCAUCUUUCCUGGGCAUUACAGCUCCUUGAACGCAUCUGAGUGUGCCCACCACACGGGGUAAGGGCUAAGGGCACCAGUUCUUGAAUAUAUGCUUUAAGAUGCCCCAGAAAAGUACUAAUUUCCUCAAAUAAUCACUACUGUUAUUUAUUAUACAGCACACCUCAAGAGAGAAAACCUUUCCCUAGGCAGAGUAGGUAUGAUUUCAGGACCCCACUGGUCUCCAAAGAGCUCCCAGAUUCUCUGACAGCCUCCCAAAGUAUACUUUGAGAACUUGAGAUCUUGUCCUAAUCAUGAGACUUUCCAUAUCUGUUUAAAAAAUUCUAUAUAUAUAUAUGUGUAUGUAAAUGUGUGUAUAUAUAUACAUAUAUAUGUAUAAAAUAUUAGAUAAUCACUACGAACCAUCUAUAUCUUAGGAGGAAUGAGUGAGUUUAUGCUGAAGACCAGGACAUAACACCAUGUCAGUUGGAUGGUAAAGGGCUUCUGUCUCCUCUCCAUUGUACCUGGGGUUUCCCUGGCUCCUCCCUUCUGUUUUUCUAUUUUGCGGGACUUACUAACUGAAGGUAUAUGUUAAACACCAACACCUUCCUGGUUUCAAAGAUCUCCCCUUCCCUGGAGCCCUUUCCCCAUGAGAGUCCCCUUCUCUUAGACCCUGUGUUGGUCACGAGAUCACCAGCAGCUGUCCAGGCGAGGACUUGGCCUCUCACAUUCAGUUUCCCUGUGUCGCCCUCAGCCCCCAGGGUUGGGCAGCAUGAGGAGGGCCCGCUCGGGUGGCUGAGGCAGCUAAAGAACAGGGGUGGCCUGGUGCUGGCUCCUAAGUUUCCCUCUGGAGUAAGUGAGCUCCUGGCAUGGAAAGGGACUUGGGCUUCCUCUCAGCCGGCAGCUGUGUUUGUUCUGCCCUCUGCCCUGUUCUUACCUCUCCUCCUUGGUGCUGCUGUCCCCCAGGGCUCUCGUCAGAGCCACUUAGGAAGCAGGCACAGAGAAAGUCUAAGGAAGACAGCGCCUUCAGUCAUCUGUACAACAAACACCUCCGCAGAGCCACCCACUGCAUGAGCACAGCUGCUUGGAUUUGUCUCGUCACGGGGGCCACCUUCAGCCUCAGGGCCAGGCAGGGAAAUAUUAAAGAGAGAAUGGAAGGCGGGAGACCCAUAACCCUUCUCAUGAGCAUCAUGAGCACCAUGGUGGUGCUCGGGGAUUCAGUGGCUAAUCAAUGAAGCGUACACACUGUUGUCUGGGGACUGACCUACUGAACCCUUCUUUUUGACAGGUGAGAACAGCCAGCCAGCAUGGAAUCCAAACCUCAGAAGAGUCCAGGCCAACAAUUUACAUUUUAUUAUAAAAGUGAAGUCUGCAAACAAGAUCACUUUAUUAAAUCACCACCUCCUCCGCUUUUCUCCUCUGUGAACUCUUGGAAAAAGCGGUUUUUCAUCCUGUUAAAGAAUAAGGGAGAGGGCUUUACUCUCUUCUACUACAAAGACCAUCAUUACCGAGGCUCCGUUCAAAUUGAUCGAAAUUCCAGUGUAGAAGUCGGCAUAAGUAGCCAGGAGAAGUUGCAAUCUGUACAGAAGAUGUUCAAAUGUCAGCCUGAUGAGGUGAUGUCCAUCAGAACCACUAACAGGGAGUACUUCCUCAUCAGCCAUGACAGGGAGAAGAUUGAAGACUGGGUCUCCUUCCUGUCAUCAUAUUGGCGGAAUAUAAAAGCACCACAUCAGAAUGAAAAGCAGGAGAAAUUCUCAUGGGGUGAUAAAAGGCCCUCUUCAGACACUCUCCUUGGUCCUUUAAGCUCAUCACAGGACUCCGGCUGGCCAAGAAAUAGUCUCCCAGACAUGCAUUUUAUGGAAAAACGUUCUCCAGAAUUCAGACCAGCUCAUCUACCAUAUGAUUUCUUGUCAGAGACCACUAAAGAUACAAAAGAAGAGAGUCAUUACCUUAGUCCUCGAGCUGUUCUUUUAGAGUUGGAUAAUAUUAUUGCUGCCAACAAUCCUGAUGAAGCCAUUGAACCUGGCAGUCCAGACCAGAUCUCCAAAAGAAUUGAUCGUCUUUACGUGUCAAUGAAAUCCGGUUUUUUCCAAGAGACAUCCCCUGGAUCUGCAGAGAGCAGAAAAAAGGAACCCCAGACCCUUCCAAACACUCAGUUUGAGGAGCUUCGCCUGCAAGAACGAGGCUCAGGAAGUGAUUCGUGUCUUUCACCUGCCAACACGGAAGCGCAGGCCGCAAGUGACCAGAAGAGAUCAACCUCACUAACUGUUGUGCAAUUGUCUAUAUUAAUCAACAACAUCCCUGAUGAAAGCCAAGUGAAGAAGCUGAAUGUGUUCCUUUCUCAUUCCGAUAUCAUAAACUAUCUCACUCUCAUAGAAGCCUCAGGACGGAUAUGUGUGGCUCAGUGGGAAGGCCCCCCGCGCCUGGGAUGCUUGUUUUACCAUGGAGAUCAUCUUUUGGCGGUGAAUGACCUGAAGCCCCAGAGCCUGGAGGAGGUUUCCUUGUUUUUCAGCCGAUCCAUACAGAAGGAGAAAGUAAAACUCACCAUCGGGAGGAUCCCGAAUUCGGAGAAAUUCCAUGUUGUAGCUUGUACAUGCCCCUUAAGGUAUCAAGGUGUCACACCUCCUCCACUGGAUACAUCUAGACUGGAGAGGGCGCUAAAGAGGGGUCCAGGCAUUAAAAAGGGCCCUCGGAAAAGCACUGGAGAGUGACAUGCCACCCUGAGAUAUGAGACAAGCCGUUGCUCUCGGAAUUUCUGCAUCUGCAUCUUAACCGUGGGGAUAAGUGUCCCCUCUCUGGCUAUUGCAUCAGAAAUGCUGAGAGGGUUCAGUGGGAUAGUGACUAUGGAACGCAGUGAAAAUGGAAAGCCUUAUUAUCUGAGACUUUGUCCCAAACGCCACAAUGCAGCUUGGGUCAGCCCCUCACGUAAUACAUGCUGCGUGUUCCAUGAGGUCGUGGUCCACACAAUCCCUUCUUUGUUAGGGAACGUACAGUUGGAAAUACUCAUUCCAGGAAGGCAAGGUUCCCAAGAGAGAAGUGAUACCCGAUCAGCCUUCCCAAACACUGUCCUGCCUCUCAUCACCCCCUCCAGACUGCUGAGACAGAGUGGCCUCCUGGAUUCAGUAAGUAUCUUGUUUUCUUAAAGACCCAGAAGCUUUAGAAGUCAAGGAAGUUUUAGGUCACAUGCAGCAAAGAGCUGCCUGCUGUACAAGCAGUAAGACAACUACUUAGCACUUCAAAGUCUGAUAGUUCUUAACUGAUGGAUGCAUUAACUGAUAAUCUUGGGAAGCCAAAAGAAUCAAACCCUUUUUUUAUAAAUAGGAAAACAAAGGCAGAGAGCUAAAGCACUAAUCAAAUCGGGAAAUGUUAGAGCAAAAGGAGCCUUCAGAAACAGUAUCAUACCAUGUUG